AUGGACCAUUACGAUGCUACUUUUCCUGAACAAGUUGUUGAAUAUGAAGAAAUACUUGAAGAACAAAAUGUAAUUGAGGAUGGACAAUAUUAUGAGGAAGAUGUAAUUAUUGAAAGUACAUCAGAUCACCCAGAAUCUUCUUCAAAUAUUUAUUAUGGACAAAAUGAGCAAAAAUCUUCUGCACCUUUCCGUCCAUUAAAUUCAAUUUCGUCGGGGCGAGUUCAACCAAUUGGAAAUAUACAAAAUAUUAAAACAAAAAUUGGAACAUCUUUAGUUUAUACACCUCCGUCUAUUGCAAAUAUUAAGAGGGAACCAACAUCCUUUUCUGCUAAUUUUGCUAGCAUUUUUCCUGCAAAAUCGCCAAAACCUGCAAAAAUACGUAAAGUAGCAAGCAAAAGAAAGCCUUGUAAUUGUACAAAAUCAAUGUGCUUAAAACUUUAUUGUGAUUGUUUUGCUAGUGGAGAAUUUUGUUUGGAUUGUAAUUGUAGGGAUUGUCAUAAUAAUUUGGAACAUGAAUCUGAAAGAAGUAGAGCAAUAAAAUCUUCAUUAGAAAGAAAUCCUAGCGCUUUUAAACCUAAAAUUGGUGUUGCUGCAAAAGCGAUUGGAAAGGCAAUUGAUAUGGAAAGAUUACAUCAAAAAGGAUGCCAUUGUAAAAAGUCUAAUUGUUUGAAAAAUUAUUGUGAAUGUUAUGAGGCAAAAGUUCCUUGUACUGAACGUUGUAAAUGUAUUGCUUGCAAAAAUACAGAGCACGAUAGACACAACAAAUUUCGAGAUAAAUUUAGUACAACAGCUGGAGGAUUGGCACAAUUAGCGGCGGCAGCUGCUGCAGAUACUCGAACACAUUCAGAAUCUCCAACUAGCGAGAUGGACGGAAGUGACGUUUUGGUGGAUGGAGAAGAAAUUGGUGGAAGGGCUUCCAAUUAUUUUGAUCCAAAAACUCAACCUUGGUUUUAUAUGACAGAAGAUGUUAUUGAAGCAACAACUAUGUAUUUAAAUUUUUUUAUUAAUUAA